AAAAUUAAUUUUUUAUUUAGUUUUUUGUUUUAACUCAAAAUUGAUUCUAAAUAUUACUUAUUUGAUGAUUAAAUUUGGACGAAAAUUAUGCUAAAGCGGUGUAAUUAAUUGUUUAAUGCGUCGGCAAUCUCGGGCUGAGCAAGCUGAAGAUUAGAGAACAGCGCCCUAUCAAAGAGCAAAAACAAAUAUUGACAGAGGGGUGACUGGCGAAGAGAGGAGCCGAAUGUAGCCGAACUUGCCCGAACACUACCCCCACCAGCUGAGAUCUUCCCCGUACGGCCGACCACCCGGCAGUGCUCCCCGAGCAGUCUUCGAUACGGAUUGUGGGUGAGUGUUGCUGGUUCAGUGAAAUUACGUCGUCAUGGAAUACUUGCGAUAUGUAUGAGUGGUAAGAGGCGGCGUAGCUUCAAGUGCGCCGUCCACCAGCUGGAUCGAGAGGUAUCUUCAGAGCACGACUUCCACUUGGUACUUCGUCAGCCACCGCUCUUUACCAGUUGCGUAAGAGCGGGAUAUCCCGAGGUCGCGGCGGUAUUGUCGCCCAGCGGUGCAAUUGGCGAGCGGUCGUUGAUGGAGCCGGAAUCAUCUCACCCACCUCUCCAGCAGGAUGGUGCAGAUAAUAGCGGACGAGUUCCUCACCCACGAGCGGGACCGGAAGUACUACGCAGACCAUUACACGUGCUGUCCUCCGCCGCUCUUCAUCCUCUUCAUCACCCUCCUAGAAGCCUGGAGCCACCGCCACCGGGAUGGGUCAUUACAAUAGCCGUCACGAAAUGUAAAUGCAGAAUAGCACUUCCGGAGCAUUAUGGAUGUUUCCUGUUCCAGCUUGCUAUCAUGGAAGUCAAAUUCCAGAUUAUUAUUCCACUCCAAGCUACGCUGGGGUUCUUCACCUACUACACAGUGGCUACAGGUGAAAUGAACCCAGCAGGUCCAGUUCCAAUCGACAGUGUCUUCAUCUAUAGGCCAGACAAGAGAGAAGAAAUAUGGAGGUUUUUCUUCUACAUGGUUCUACAUGCUGGAUGGUUACAUCUUCUAUUCAACCUCCUCGUGCAAGUCCUGGUUGGACUUCCUCUGGAAAUGGUGCAUGGUUCUUUAAGAAUAGGCACGGUAUACAUGGCUGGUGUUUUAGCUGGUUCUCUGGGAACAUCUGUCUUUGAUAUGGAUGUUUACCUCGUAGGAGCCUCUGGUGGUGUUUACGCACUAUUGGCAGCACACCUAGCGAAUGUACUUUUGAAUUACAACAAUAUGGAGUUUGGCAUUGUGAGGCUGGUUGGAAUAUUUGUUGUUGCGAGCGCAGACGUCGGGUUUGCGAUCUACGACAGGUACGCCAACGAGGCUGCAGGCCCUCCUGUCAGCUACGUGGCCCAUCUGACCGGUGCCCUAGCUGGUCUCACCAUCGGCCUCCUUGUGUUGAAGAAUUUUGAGCAGAAGCUGCACGAGCAGUUGAUAUGGUGGGUCGCCCUUGGGGUAUACGCAGCCUGCACUAUAUUUGCCGUCCUCUUCAAUUUGUUCACACCAUCCUUUCCCCCAUAAAUUGUCUAUUUCUUAUAUAAUACGUUAUAUUUGUAAUCUCUCUAUACAUCUUAUUUGAUUUUUUUUUUUUAAUUGUUUGUAUAAUACCAUUGUAUAUUUAUUAUAUAUUGUUAUAAUAACAAUAAUUGUUGAAAUAAAAAGAAAAAUAAUAUGUGCCCGUUAAAGAGCAUAAUGGACUGAAGAAAUAAAUUAUUGUAUGUCUUUAUUUAUUCUUUUUUUUUUUUGUCACAUGUAUAUCUGGCUUAUUGUCUGUUACUUAAGGUACAAUUUCUAUAAUAGAAAUAAUAAUUAUUUCUAACGAAAUUCAGACCUUUUUCAUUAGCCUUAAUUAAUAAUGUGCAAUGAGCCAGAAUAUUUAUUUAAUUUAAAGCUAUAUACCAAAGAAAGACUGAUAAAUUGACAUGCAUCUCUAUCAUGAUAAGUUUAAAACAGGUUCACUUAAAGACUGUUGGCGUUGGCACCUAAAUUCAAAUUUAAUUGGUUUAUUAGUAUUAUUUUUAUUUUUAAUUAUUUAUAGUUUUUUCUUGUUAUAGUGAUGCAUGAAGCUAGUCAUUCAUUUAUUGAUAAAUCAUGUAAUUUAAUUUUAAUAAGUAUAAAUCUAACUGCUGUGCAUAUGUAUAAAAUUACCUGAGCAUUGUAUAUUUGAUUUGUAAAUUUAGAUGUAAAUCUCAUUAGUUAAAGUUUAUUUAUUUUGUCCAGGUUUUAGUCUGUUAUAAAUAUUGAACAUUGAACUUGUUAAAAAUAAUUAUCUAUUUAUAUUAAGUUAUAUAUUUUAAAGUAUUAUGAGUCAGAAUUAAUUAUUGUUUUAUUAAUUUAUUAUCCAACCAUUUUCUAUACCAAAAUGUGGUUAUUUUUUUAAUUUGUAUUUCCUAUUUGUAUAUUGUUAUUUAAUUGUUUAUUAGUUUAUAAGUUUUUAUAUUACUUAUUAAAAAUUGAGAAGAGAGCUUUUAGAGAUAUUCCAGUAAUAAUGGAUGGAAUUAUAUAUAUAUAAGAGUACAGUGUUAACCAAAGAAACUUCCAGUGUGGCCAAUGGCCGAAAAAACUUUGCUUUUUCUUUGUCUGCAUCUCUGCACUAGCACAUUUCUUCGUUCUUUUUGUUUUAAAUGCACCUGAUAACUAAAAACAAUCAUGAUCAAAUAGCAUAAUCAAAUAUAAUAUCAAUAAUGAAUAAGAUUAUAUCUUAUAAGAUACACUGCCUUAAUACUAAGUCUAGGCGAAUAGUGAAAAGUUUAUGUGGUUCUGUGAACCAAAUUCACUGGUUAUAAUGCAUAGUAAAUCUCACUUAAUAUGGGUGAAUGUGAAUUAUACAUGUGUCUUUGUUAUAAUAAAUAAUAUUGUGUAUAUAUUUACAUGUAAAUAUAAUACAAAGUAAUCCAAAUUGUUACACGCUUAUGAUGUUUCCAGUCAGAAAAAAAAUAUUACUAAACUGUAAGGUUCACGUUACUGUAACAUAACAACAAUUACCUCGUAGUAUUGUAUGUGGCAAAGUAUUAUCUGUGGCAAUUUUGUAUUAUUUUUCUAGUUCACUAAAUAUAACUUGUAUAUUUAUAACAGAA